GCAAGGUCAGCGUCAACAACCAGCUAUAGACUAUCAAUGUAAUAUUUUGUUAGAAUUAAGAUACUACCUGACAGAUGUACUCAUAUCAUGGCUUUUUCUCCAAGAAAAAUUGGAAUCAUCGGCAGUGGUCUUAUUGGAAGAAGUUGGGCAAUGAUAUUUGCAAGCGCUGACUACAAAGUAGUCGUUUAUGACAACAGUGCAGCGCAGCUCAGCAAUGCCAAAGAGGAGAUAGAUAAACAACUGCAUGGACUUAGUGAACAGAAUCUUUUAAGAGGUGACAUUCCUGUGCAGAAACAGAUUGAAAACAUAGAGUUUACUACUAAUUUUGAUGCGUGCACCAAAGGAGCAAAGUAUAUCCAGGAAUGCAUACCAGAACUCAUAGAUCUUAAAAGAAAGAUAUUUAACGAUCUGGACAAUGUGAUGAGUGAUGAAAGCAUUGUUGGGAGUUCUACAAGUGCCAUUCCAUCUUCUAGAUUCACAAACGGACUAAAACAUAAAUCCAGAAUGCUCGUGGUACAUCCGACCAAUCCUCCAUAUUACGUCCCUUUGACUGAACUAGUACCGGCGCCAUGGACGGAUUCUGAUGUCGUAGAUGAGGUAUAUAGACUGAUGCAAGAGAUCAGACAAGUACCUGUAAAACUAACAAAGGAGGUGUAUGGAUUUGUAUUACCUCGUGUGCAUCAUGCAGUAUUGAUGGAGUCAUGGAAAAUGGUACAGGAUGGCAUUAUCAGUAUUGAAGACGUCGAUAAAGUCAUGUCAGAUGGACUAGGCACUCGAUAUGCCUUUAUGGGGCCCUUAGAAACAAGACACUUAAAUUUUAAGGGAGGGUUUAAGGACGGCUGUAAACCACAUGUUUGGGAGGUGUCAAAUGAUUCUGGUCCCAAUGCACGUUUAGAAGGCCCUCUUCUAGAAAUUAUACAGGAGGAUUUCAACAAACGUAUCCCAUUAGAGACACUAGCAGAAAGACGAGCGUGGAGAGACACUAGAAUCGCAGCAUUGUCUAAAUUCAAGCGUGAUAUGAGCAAUUGUGAUAAUAAUGCAUGAAUCACGAGGAUACAAGUACCAGUUAAUUUUUGUGGUUUUGUCUUGCCCCAUUGUUGAUUGAUUACGUCUGACGAGCGCCGAUUGCCUUGUAUCUAUCAUUCGUCUUAGUCUUAUUUCCAUUAUCUUGCAGCCUGUCUGUUUCAAUAAACAUUUAAGUGUUUUUGCAUAAGACGUGUGUUGUUAUGCCCCGGGAAUAUUAUUCAAAUGGUUUCUCAUCACAUGCUCGAUAUCAUUAUCUAAUUGUUAUCUCAUAGAUUAUGUCAAAAAUUACAAAG